AGUGAUUCCUGGCGGUAUCGACACGCAUACGCACAUGCAAAUGCCCUUCAUGGGCACACAUGCGGUAGAUGAUUUUCUCGUUGGAACGCAGGCGGCGGUGGCUGGUGGUACCACGAUGAUCAUUGAUUUUGUGAUGCCGACCAAGGGUGAAUCUCUCACGGCAGCGUACAAGAAAUGGCGGGGCUGGGCUGAUGAAAAGGUUGUGUGUGAUUAUGCAUUCCACGUGGCUGUCACAUGGUGGAGCGAACAGGUCGCCAAUGAGAUGGUGGAGCUCACCAAAGUAGGGAUCAAUUCGUUCAAGACAUUCAUGGCAUACAAAGAUGUCUUCAUGCUGCGCGAUGACGACAUGCUCAACUGCUACGAGCACAUUGGCAAAAUUGGCGCUCUAGCUCAGGUACACGCUGAAAACGGUGAUGUGAUUGCAAAGAAGAGCGCGGAAAUGGUUGCAAAGGGUAUCACGGGUCCUGAAGGCCACCUGCUGUGUCGUACUGAAGAGGUAGAAGCGGAGGCAACCCAGCGCGCCAUCAUGAUUGCCAACCAGGUGAAUUGCCCGCUGUAUGUUGUCCAUGUCAUGAGCAAGACGUCCGCAGACGUGAUAUCUGCUGCCAGACGAAGAGGGUGUGUUGUUUUUGGUGAACCUAUCGCCGCAGGAUUGGGUGCAGAUGGAAACUGCCACUUCAACAAGUGUUGGCGACAUGCCGCACAUCACGUUAUGGGACCACCCAUCCGACCAGACCCAUCCACCCCAGGCUAUCUCAUGGAUCUUCUGGCUAGUGGAGAUCUGCAGACCACCGGUACGGACAACUGUACCUUCAAUACAGACCAAAAGGCUCUUGGCAAGGACGACUUCCGCGCCAUCCCUAACGGAAUCAAUGGUGUGGAAGACAGAAUGUCUAUCGUAUGGGACAGAGGUGUUGCUACCGGGAAACUCAGCCCGUCGCAAUUUGUUGCAGUCACCAGCACAAACGCGGCAAAGAUUUUCAAUAUAUAUCCGCGCAAGGGGCGCAUUGCAGUUGGUUGUGACGCGGAUAUAGUGGUCUGGGAUGCGAAUGCUCAGCGCACAAUCAGUGCAAAAACCCAUCACCAAGCUGUCAACUUCAAUAUCUUUGAGGGACAGACUGUUACAGGGCUCGCCAAGGUGACUAUUAGCAGAGGAACGGUGGUCUGGAAAGAUAACAAGCUCUCAACUACUAGAGGAUCCGGCCGCUUUGUAGAGACUCCGCCCAAUUGCGAGCAUGUCUACAACCGGAUCAGGACUCGGGAUGUUGUGCGCCAACCGAAGAAGGUUGAACGAGAGCCAUACACCGGUCCCGUUGCAGUUCUCGAAAAGUGA